UCGUCUCCGGUGCUGGCCGGAGGAAGGAGUCGCCAUGGACCCUGGGGGCAGAGGAUCACUCUCUGAGGACUCAGACCUACCCGGUGCUGGAAAUCCAAAAGAAAAAGGCGUGACUGCCGUGACGGCUGUGCUGCUGACCCCUGGGACCCAGGAAUCAUUGAUGAUCAGGGACAUGGCUGAGGCUCUCACCCAAUGGGGACAGGUGAACCCUCCUCAGGGAGAUGUGCCUGGGAAGCAUAGGAAUCUGGUCUUGUUGGGGCUUCCAAUCUCCAAGCCUGAUGUAAUCUCUCAGUUGGACUGUGGGGAGGAGUUGGAGAGAGGAAUUUCAAAAGCAGCCAGUCCAGACUGGGAGACAACAGGAAGCAAGGAGCUAACUCCAGAGAAGGACAUCUCUGAAGAGGAAUCAGUCCCUGGGGUGUUAAUAGAAAGAUUUCCAAAGGAAGGUUCCAGUGAAUGUGAGGAUUCUUUAGAAAAUCAGCAAGAAAACCAUGAGAAACAUUUGAUACAAGAGGUUGUCACUCAGAAAUUUUCUGGGGAGAGAAGUUUCCAGUGUGAUGGAUUUAGAAGAAAUUUGAAUCGGAGGUCAUUACUUGUUCAACAACAAGGAGAGAGACUACAUAAUUAUGAUUCAUUUAAAAAGAACUUAAAACAAAAUUCAGAUAUAAUUAGGCACGAGAGAAUUUGUACAGGAAAGAAGCCUUGGAAGUGUAAUGAGUGUGAGAAAGCUUUCAGUUACUACUCAGCUUUUGUUUUGCAUCAGAGAAUUCAUACAGGAGAAAAACCCUAUGAAUGUAACGAAUGUGGUAAAGCCUUUAGCCAGAGCAUACACCUUACUCUACACCAGAGAAUUCAUACCGGAGAGAAACCCUACAAAUGUCACGAAUGUGGGAAAGCCUUCAGUCACCGCUCAGCCCUUAUUCGGCAUCACAUAAUUCAUACUGGAGAGAAACCCUAUGAAUGUAAUGAAUGUGGGAAGGCCUUUAAUCAGAGUUCAUACCUCACUCAACAUCAGCGAAUUCAUACUGGAGAGAAACCUUAUGAGUGUAAUGAAUGUGGGAAGGCCUUCAGCCAAAGCACGUUCCUUACCCAGCAUCAGGUUAUUCACACUGGAGAGAAACCUUAUAAGUGUAAUGAAUGUGGCAAAGCCUUUAGUGAUCGUUCAGGCCUUAUUCAGCACCAGAGAACUCAUACUGGAGAGAGGCCUUAUGAGUGUAAUGAAUGUGGGAAGGCCUUUGGCUACUGUUCAGCCCUGACUCAGCACCAGAGAACUCACACUGGGGAGAAGCCCUAUAAAUGCAAUGAUUGUGCCAAAGCCUUCAGUGACCGCUCAGCCCUUAUUCGUCAUCAGAGAACACACACUGGAGAGAAACCUUACAAGUGUAAGGAUUGUGGGAAAGCUUUUAGCCAGAGCUCAUCUCUUACAAAACAUCAGAAAACUCACACUGGAGAAAAACCCUACAAGUGUAUGGAAUGUGGAAAAGGCUUCAGCCAAAGUUCAUCCCUUUCUCAACAUCAGAAAACUCAUGCUAGAGGGAAAACCAAGAAGUACAGACAAUCCUUCAGUGAUCAUUCAGACUUUAGCCAACAAAAGAGAAUUCAUACUGGAUAGAGAUCAUGUAAAUGUAUAUUCAGAAGGUAUUUAUUGAGCAUCUAUCAUACAUGCUGUGGGGCUACAAAGAAAUUUAAGACUUACAAAAAAGUUAUUGAGAAGUCAUUGUUUAUGUAGGACAGAGUUUAAUUAGGCUGUAAAGGGUGGGGGGUAUGUUUUUUUGAAUGUCCUAAUGGAGGACACUGAAUUUUCCUGGGGAAAGAGGAAAAUUAUUUCUGACAUCCUAAUGUGUAUGUAAACUAUCAGAUCCUUUAGAGAGAAAUAGGGUAUGCCAUGGUGGAAAGAAGGCAUCUUGGCUGGGCUAGAUAGUCUCUUAAUGCUAAGGAGAUAAAGUUGUAAAGAGAUAAGUGGUUCUUUUAGGGAAAUUACAGGGAUAGAAAUAAGAGAUUGAGAAUUUAUGAUGAUGAGUUUGUUCAGGGUCAGAAGUGGUGGCAGAAGGAAAGUUGUCCUUCUGUGCUAAGUAUAAGGACACAAAGGAUGGAGAGGAUAGAGAAAAAGAGCUAGGGGGGAAAAUGCAAGAAAUGUUGACAGAGAUAACUACUCAACUGAGUAUUCACAACCAGGAAAAUAUUAGACUUAUUAGUUGGUCAGUUGCCAAGUUUCUAUGAGGACAACUUUACCCUGAAGCUGAGGAAUGUUGGCCUGGGGGUCUGCUUCUGCACUUUUUGUCUUUUGGUCUUUGUUUAUUGAGGUGUCACCUACAAGGAUUCAUGUCGAGACCUACAGCUUAGAAAGAGAGAGUAGAGAAGGGAUCUUUGAUGUGUUCAAUCUGUUUUAAGCUAUCUGAAUUACCUGAGAAUGUGCUUAUUUAUAAAGAUUUACUUCAGUUGUAUGUAGUUUGUACCUUAGGUUUUUUUCAUACAUAGUAAAAUUUAGUUGUAGACUUGUUCUAAUUAGAUUGUGAAAAACUUGAAAAGAUUUUGAGGGCCGGCCCGGUGGCGCACUGGAGAGUGCGCCGCUUGGGAGC